UUUGAAAUCUCAUCUUUUUCUCUCUUUCUUUUUGCCAUUUCAGUGGAGAAGUUGCAGAAGAAUUUCUGUCUCUCUCUCUCUGGAUAUUGUGAAGCUGGGAAUUCAAUAAAAAAGUCCAUAAAUUCCAUAGUUAGAUCAUAUUCGGAGUCUCUUUCUCACAAAUUAUGGUGUUUUAGCUACAAUUACAUAUAAGCUUUUCUUUCUCAGCUUUUUCUUUUGUAAGCUUCAAAAAUUCUCCUUUUCUCUUUAUUUCUUUUGCAGUGAAGAAGAUCAUGAAGCACGUGCACACUAACACUAGGAUCCACUUGAUCAUCCUGAGAACAUAAAUAUAUCCGUCCGUUUAAUUUGUCCCUGUUUUUGCUGCAAUUCAUGAAGCAAGCGAGCUCUCAAAUGGGUUGAUUCAAAGUCUCCUGAUUCAUCCAAAAGAAUAAGACACAACAUCCGAUGGCGACGUACUGUCAUGGGAACCCUGAAAUCCAAGCAGCUGACGGUCUCCAAACACUCGUACUCAUGAACCCUGCCUAUGUUCAGUACUCCGAUAACCCUCCGCCGCCUCCAAACAACCUCGUUUACCUCAACUCGAACUCCAUCUCCCCUCACGCGCCAUCUCCCCACACACAACAAUUCGUCGGCAUCCCCCUCCCCGCGGCUACUUCCGCCGCCAACCAAGGCUAUGGUUCCCACGAAAUCUCCCCCUUGCAUGGCCUCGUUCAGCGCGUCCAUUACAACUUGUACAACCCUAUUGACCUUUCCGGACCAGCGCGUGAAACUCCACGCGCUCAGCAGGGACUUUCCUUGAGUCUCUCUUCCCAACAACAUCCCAGUUAUGGAUCACAAGUUCAAGCGGGUUCAGGUGAGGACAUGAGGGUUUCGGGUGGAUCGGGUUCGUCCGGUUCAGGAGUGAUUAACGGAGUUUCGGGUGUACAAAGUGUGCUGUUGAGCUCUAAAUUCUUGAAGGCUGCUCAAGAGCUUCUCGAUGAGGUUGUUACUGUUAACAAUACCGAGAUUACCAAGAACGAAUUGGCUAAAAAGGGUAGUGGAGAUAAUAGCAAUAGCAGUAAGGCGAUUGGAGAAUCGUCGGUGGCGGCGGCAGGAGAUGGCUCUGGUGGCGGAGAGACAGAUUCUAAGCACGGCGCCGAACUGACUACGGCAGAGAGACAGGAGAUUCAGAUGAAGAAAGCGAAACUAGUUAGCAUGCUUGACGAGGUGGAUCAAAGGUACAGACAGUACCAUCACCAGAUGCAGUUUGUUAUUUCAUCAUUUGAGCAAGCAGCUGGGAUUGGCUCUGCUAAAACAUACACAUCUCUUGCAUUAAAGACCAUCUCAAAGCAAUUUCGGUGCUUGAAAGAUGCAAUAACCGGCCAAAUCCGAGCUGCAAACAAGAGCUUAGGUGAAGAAGAUUGCCUAGGAGGCAAAAUUGAAGGGUCGUCGAGACUUAAGUUUGUCGAUCAUCAUCUCCGACAACAACGAGCACUUCAGCAGUUGGGAAUGAUCCAGCACAAUGCUUGGAGACCCCAAAGAGGGCUACCCGAAAAAUCAGUCUCGGUUCUUCGAGCUUGGCUCUUCGAACACUUUCUUCAUCCAUACCCUAAAGAUUCAGACAAGAUCAUGCUUGCAAAACAAACAGGGCUAACUAGAAGCCAGGUGUCUAAUUGGUUCAUAAAUGCUCGAGUUCGGCUUUGGAAGCCAAUGGUGGAAGAGAUGUACAUGGAGGAAAUCAAGGAACAAGAACAAAAUGGAUCAGCUGAGAAAAAAAGCAAGAGCCAUAACAAUGAAGAUUCAACAUCCAAAUCCACUGCACCAGACAACAGCCAAAGUUUCAGUUCCAACCAGGACAAUAUCCCUAACCAGAAUGGUUCCUCAAUGUCCAUUUCCAUGGCAUCAACAUCUCCCCUUGCCGGCAACCAUUCGGGAUUCUCCUUCAUCGGAUCGUCCGAAUUGGAAGGGAUCACUCAAGGAAAUCCAAAAAGGCCAAGAAGCACCGAAAUAUUGCAGUCCCCAAUGGAUAUCAAGCAAACAACCGAGGCCAACAAUGAGGUUACCAUGAAGUUUGGCAAAGAUGGGUACACAUUUAUGGGAACCAACACGGAUAUCAUGGGAAGUUUUGGUCAAUACCCCAUCAUGGAAAUCGGAAGGUUUGAUGCAGAACAGUUCGCUCCGAGAUUUUCAGGCAAUGGCGUGUCAUUAACUUUGGGACUUCCCCACUGUGAAAACCUGUCUUUAUCAGGCACCCAUCAGAGUUUUCUUCCGGACCAAGCGAUGCAAAUGGGGCUAAGGCUCGACAUUGGAGAACCCGAUGAGUUCGGGUCUAUUGACCCUUCCACACCGCACUCUUCGGCUGCUGCAUAUGACAACAUCGACUUUCAAAAUAGGAAAAGGCUCGCAUCACAAUUGUUACCGGACUUUGUUGCCUGAUCAACAUGAAGAUUUCGGAUUCAAGAAACUUGCUGGGAAAGAUAUCAGGUAUUUUCCAGGAAAAUGAACGGUAGUGUAAAGGAAGACAAUUCCAUCCAUAGUAUAGGUCUAUAUACUUUCCAUAGUUCAAUUUGAGUCCCUGGGCAGUUUAGGAUCUCAGAAAUAUUCGAGGAUUGUAUAUUAAUUUUGUAAGUUUUGGGGGAUUGGGUAGAUGGUGAUUGAUAUUAUAAAAUUAGUCACUUGGGUAUACUGGUAUAAUCAAAUUUCUAGUCAAUUUGGGUAUGUAUUUUGUAGCAAUUCAGGACAGAAUUUACUAGUUUAGUUCUUUUCUGAUGUUAAACAGUUGCUAAAACCAUAAAUAAGAUGGGGUUACGAUUU